AUGACUCAUCCUGAAAUUUCGAAUGAAUUGGAAAUUUUGUCAAACGUUCAUUUUUCAUUAGAGUUCCCUACAGGCAUAGCAACGCCGGACGGUGCUGUCGGCCAAAUACCCAAAAUAAAUAGUGGACCGGUUUCAAUUCAACAUGUAUUUCAACAAAGAACGCCUCAACCACAUCCAUUAGUCCAAAUAUCAACUACCGACAGCAUUCCUCCAUUUUUCGAACAAUCCUCAGCAAUGCCAAAUUCUAUUAUAUCAUUUCCACCUUCACCUACAAGUCCACUUAAUUUUCCUUCAGGGUAUCCGUCUCCUCCUCAAAGAAUAUCACAUGAAAUAAGAAAUGAUGCAUUAUUUCCCGCACAAUUUUCUGACACUGUUGCCAACCCUUUAACUCAAAGUUCACCAACAUUUCCUAAUCAAUCAGCUGUUUGCCUUACGAACGUACCACAAAAUGGAAUGGUAACCCCUCCAAUGAUGAUGAAUGGUCACAAUUAUUAUCAUUCCUAUCACCAGAUGAUAGAUCACAGUUACGAGUAUCGUCUUAUGGCUGAAGAAAAUAAAAGACGCCGGAACACUGCUGCUUCUGCAAGAUUCCGUAUAAAAAAGAAAAUGCGUGAACAAGCUCUCGAAAAAACUUCACAAGAUAUGGCUGCAAAAGCUGAGAUGCUCGAAAAAAAAGUGCGUGAAUUGGAAAAGGAAAUAAAAUGGUUAAAAUGUUUGAUUAUCGAGAAGGAUGCCCGACUUUUGGACAUCGAACGUCCUAAAGAGCAAUUUGACCAAAAUUAA